UUUUUGUACAUUACACCAUUACUAAAACAUAAUGCAACAGUUUCUGUAUCAAAUAGUUUGAUCGUUUUCUGACAUAAUAAUUUGAUUUAUACUCUUUCGUAUGUUCUGGAACACAAUGUGGGUUUCGAAUGUACUUCUGGUUGUUUUGUAUGAGCAGGAUGACAAGCAGUUCCUGGACACCUUUGUUUCCAACCAAUAUGUACACAGAUAGUUCAUGUGGUAAUUGCUGCAACUUUGUUGAAUUCCCCCGUAAACUCUUAACCGGUCAGGACAUGUCCUACAAAGAUCAGUCAAUACUGUAUGAGCCCAUCAAAGAGCUUGAUAUCAUGUUAAACCAAACUGUUUUAGUAGAUGCAGGAGUUUCAGUAGAUAUAAUUUCAGGCGUGAAUGAUCCAGUAACUUUGCAUUAUCUCAGCAGCCACCGAUCAGUUGCCUUUUCCCCCUAUCAGCACCUUAUAACACCUUCAGAUCAUGUAGAAAUCUUCACUCAUUUGAUGUGGAUAAUAUCAGAUUUCUUGGAACUUAUGGUAAGAAAAUCAAUGACCUUCACAAGUACUCAGAAGCUAAAAGCAAGCUUGAUUUUGUCGAAAGAGCACUGAGGUGGAGACAUCUUGCUCCCACUGCACCUAAUACACUCUACUGUUAUCCUUUCACUGAUGGAGACUCUUUCGUGAUUGAAACUUGCCCUCAUGUCAUAAAUAUAACAACUGUUUGGUAAAAGGUACAAUCUCCUUCCAUAGAGAUUGAUUAUAUGAUUAUAUAAAUACAUGGUAGAUACUUUUUUUUUUGUUUCUUGGGUCAAAUAGUGCUCUAAGUAUGCUGGGUAAUAUAUUAAUGUUGCAGGGUCAGAAGGUCAGCUGGUUAGGUUAUCUGCAUUCCUAAAUUUUGUGAGAUCGGUAUUGCUGUUGCAAAGAACUAAAGGAAUCUGGAGUGUCACACGCGUAGCUUUAACAUUCAGUUAUAAAGUUAAUCACAACACUGGAAAAUGUAGGUCUCUAGGUCAUACCAAAUAGAUAUAUGUUAUGUAUUUUCCAGAGAAAUACUUUUUGAGAUCUUUGGAAGUGUUAUUGUAUUAUUUCAUUACUUUGUAUAUAUAAUUUUAUAAAUUCCAGAGUUUUUUUUAGAAAACCAAACUAUUACAAUUCUAUAUUGUUCGAUGUUCGUAUAAAUUGUUAAAAUUUUAAACCUGAAUUUCAUAUCUCUUGCCUUACACUAUUUAAUUUAUAUACUAACAACUGCGUAAAUAAAUAUUAACCCAUAAAUCUCAGGUUUUGAACUUGAAACCGCUAAUAACGCUAAUGAUC